AUGCGUUUCGCGACUUCUGCUCUCCUGACUGCUGCGGCAGCCUCAUCGGCGGCAGCUCAAAGUGUUGUGGGAACGGCAUACGGGUUUGCAACGGGCGUUACGGGCGGCGGCAGUGCCACCGCGGUCACUCCCUCUUCGGCCUCGGAGCUCGCUUCGCUCCUGUCUGACGACACUGCACGUACGAUCAUCAUCGAUAAGGAAUACGAUUUCACUGGUGAAACCGCGACUGAUUCUGGUUGUGACCGCAAGAGCUGCAGCGCAGACAAUGGUGGUCAGCUGUAUCUCGGAACCUUGUCUUGCGGAGGUUCCGACAAUGUGGCCGUCAGCUCAAUCACGUAUGACGUUGCUGGAACUAAGCCUCUUUCCGUUGGUAGCAACAAGAGCAUUCUCGGUGUCAACGGCAAGGGUGUCCUCAAAGGAAAGGGGCUGUCUCUGAAGUCGGGGGCCAGCAACGUCAUUAUCCAAGGAAUUGAAAUCACCGACCUCAACCCUGGAAUUGUCUGGGGAGGUGAUGCUCUUGAAUUCAAGGGAAAGAACGAUGGUGUUUGGGUGGACCACAACAAGUUCAGCCUGGUCGGCCGCAUGUUUAUCGUCACCCAUUACGAUGCCACCCGACUGACCGUCUCCAACAACGAGUUUGAUGGAACAACUACCACCUCGGCUUCCUGCAAUUCACAGCAUUAUUGGACCGCGAUGUUCUACGGUGACGGUGACCAAGUCACGCUGGAUAAGAACUAUUUCCACAAUGUUUCAGGUCGCGCUCCAAAGCUUGGUGAGCCGAGCGUAAAGGGAACUUUCCAAGCUGUGAACAACUACUUCAGCAACAUGCAAGGCCAUGCAUUUGACGCCUAUGAUGGUGCUACAGCUCUCAUUGAAGGCAACGUCUUCGAUAAUGUCAAGACCCCCUUUACCGACCAGGCUGCAACUGUCUCUACAGUCUUCAGCGCAGACUCAUCAUCGGCAUCCUCUUGCUCAAGUGCUCUCGGGCGCGCCUGUGUUGCAAACAGCGCUUCCAAUGGAAGUGGAAAGCUGCCUACUUUGUCUUCUACUAGCUCUCUUAGUUCCUUCAAGUCCAACUACCUAGUUGAUCCCAUUGCCGUUGACAAGGUUGCUAGCCAUGUGCAGGGCAAUGCUGGUCCUUCCAACUUGGGAUCAAGCUCUGGGGGUUCCGACAGUGGAAACGACUCAACGCCUAUUUCUUCGUCGGUUGCCGUCUCUUCAUCAGCUCCUACCGCUACUACCUUGUCAUUGGUCCCCUCUGCUACUUCAGCCCCAACGGCAACCGCUUCCCCUGUUCAAACUUCAGCUCCUAUCUCUGGUGAUGACUCUGAUAACUGCAGCGAUGAUGGUUCAUCUGGCAGUGAGGAGGACACUAGUGGAUCCGACGACAGCACGGAAAUUGCCCCUUACGGCCAAUGUGCUGGUCAAGGCUACACGGGAACUGGCAAAUGUGCUUCAGGCACUUCAUGUGUCAGCCACAACGAGUGGUACUCUCAAUGCUUGAGCUCUAGUGCCAGGCGCAGAAAGAGAGGUCUUGUCAUUGGAACGGUCUUCUAA